AUGAGCUCGACUGGGAAACUUCGCUUCCCGGAAAGUUUGUUUACGUCGCGCCAUGAUGAGGCUACAGUUGUCCUUCGUCGUCUCAUAGAAGACAACCACAAUCAGAACAGGCUGCUUUAUAAAGAAGUCCUACACAAUCAUGUCCAACAUGGCUUGUUAGCUGCGUACUGCCUCGGAAGCAGCGGCGCACGGUUAAGAGAAUUAUUUUCGGAGGAGAUGAAGGAACUUGAAUCUCGCGAAGAGUCAAAACGUGAAAAAAUCACGACAGAACUUGUACUUGAUGAACUCUUAGGACAUAAAGAAAAUGAGCUGGAUUUUAUUAUAUACUUUGAGCAACAACGGUCCAAUUCUGGCGUCCACGUACAGGAAGCUUUGCAGUACUGGAUUCUUGAUCGGGAGAAAGAAUUCUUACCAGCCUUCAUUGGCGGCUAUGCUCACCCACUCAUUAUGCUCGCUGAUGCGGUGGAGCUGGGUCGCUCGAUGCUGGCUUUUGAUGCCCUUGCUCUCACUGCCACAGACUGGAGCCCCCUAACAACCCUAGUCACUAUGAGUCUUCCACCACCAGAGACUUGCUCAAAUUCCUUACUUGAGAUACUCGACAAAAUCCGGAACGACUCGUCCUUCGAACAUGUCGUUCCCAGCCCUGGCAUUCAGCACAUUGCUGAAAUUGUCCACAAUGGGCCCGCAACGGCUGCAAUUAUAAAAUACCUUAGCAUCGGCAACGAAUACAUCUCGAGAACGGAGUUCAAUCUCCAAGUCACAGGGGAAAUGGUAGAGGUUGCUAUCUAUCUUCUCAUGUGCACACAUGUUCCUGGAGCGCCGGCCUUUGACUUUUUUCUGAACCAUAAUCUGACGGGCGACCAUUAA